UGCACCCACUAAAGAAGCUAAGGCUUGUAGAGCCUUAGAAACAAAAAAAUUCUGCGUAAACCCUCCAUCUCUCAUGGUGUUUAAGGCUUUUCCAUCACUAUUCUGAGACCCCCCAGAAAGCCUUUCUGUGUUUUUUCAAGUAGAAUUAUGCUAUGGAGGCCCUCAAUGCAGCAAGCUUGACCCCUAUAUCAGUUCUUGGUGAUAGAAAAAAAGAACCCAGAAAAUUCCCAUCACUGCCCUCCAUUUCACUACCCAAGUUCUCAAGCUCCACUAGCUUUAGUGCUAAAGCUUCACAAGAGGGUUUGUCUAAGAGCUUCCAUGGUGGACUAUUGCUUUUGUCUUCUGUUUUCAAUGCUGGGAUUGCCAAGGCUUUGACAUAUGAAGAGGCAUUGGGGCAGUCAGUGAGUGCAGCAAAUGGAGACUUUGAUUCAAGUGGAGCUCUUGACAAUGUUAUUAGCUUUGUUAAUGACAACCCUGCAGUUAUAGCUGGUGGGUUUGCCAUCUUGGCUGUUCCUUUGGUUUUGUCACAGGUGCUAAAGAAUCCUAAGCCAUUUGGUGUUGAAUCUGCUAAGAGUGCUUAUGCAAAAUUGGGUGAAGAUGCAAAUGCAUUUCUUGUUGAUAUAAGAGCACCAGGGGAGAUAAGGCAAGUAGGUAGUCCGGAUAUCCGAGGUCUGGGGAAGAAGGCAGUGCCAAUUGUUUAUAAAGGGGAAGAUAAGCCGGGCUUCUUAAAGAAGCUCUCUUUGAAGUUCAAGGAACCAGAGAAUACUACAUUGUUCAUCCUGGAUAAGUUUGAUGGGAACUCCGAACUGGUUGCUGAGUUGGUCACUGUAAAUGGGUUCAAAGCUGCUUAUGCCAUAAAAGAUGGUGCAGAAGGACCCCGAGGAUGGGUGAGUAGUGGCCUUCCUUGGGUACCACCACCAAAAGCACUGAGCGUUGAUUUUGGCAGUUUAACGGAUACUAUUAGUGGUGCUGUCGGAGAGGGCUCAGGUGUCUUGUCUGUUUCCCUUGGCAUUGCUGCAGCAACCGGGCUGGGUUUAUUGGCUUUUACUGAGCUAGAAACAAUCCUGCAACUUUUGGGCUCAGCUGCACUAGUACAGUUUGCCAGCAAGAAACUUCUUUUUGCCGAGGACCGGAAUAAAACUCUACAAGAAGUGGAUAGUUUCUUAACCACCAAGGUUGCCCCAAAGGAGCUUUUGGGUGACAUAAAGGAAAUCGGAAUAGCUCUUCUACCUGUACCUGUGAUUAGCAAGGCUCUUCCUGCACCUGAAGAGGCAAGUCCAGCCCCCAGUGCUGCUGAUACUGGAGUGAAAGCAGAAGCUGCACCGGAACCUAAAGUAGAAGCAGCUGCAGAACCUGCCCCUGAGAUAAAUUCCGUUCCCAAAGCAGAAGUUAAAAAAGAAUCAUUUCCUGGGAUUUCAAAAUCCCUUUCUCCAUUCCCCUAUUAUCCAGAUUUCAAGCCUCCAACAUCUCCGCGCCCAUCCCAACCCUGAAGGCCCGAUUGUAUUAUAUCUCACUGUCGUUCUACAACAGCAUGCCGUUUGUCCAGAUUUUUCCAAGCUACGCUAUAAGUUGUGCAACCUAUGCUCCUGUUACUGUGUUACCUGAAACUUUCUAGGCUAUAUUUCUCUGAUAAAAACACUGUCAUGAGUUGGAUAGCAAAUAAUUUUCCAUUUCUUUUCUUUCCCUGCUUAUAUACCCUAUUUGUAACCAGUGGAUCUUUUGUAGAUGUGAUUCAUGUAUUAGUUAUGUUUGGCUUUACUAUAAACAGUACAUCCUUGGGGUUCUGGGAA